AUGACGACUCCAAUUCUGCGCCAUCAAUUCUUCCGCCACUCGUCUGCCAAACGGGUCAACACCGACGCAACCAUCGCCAAAGCUCUGAAGGCUGAAUACCCCGGCCUCCAGCUUGUAAUUGCCCCUUCCUCCGGCAUUGAUUUGCUGGGGUACGCAUCAGCCGGACACGCCAGCUUUACAUCCAUUGAUAAGGCCAGCGACGAGCUGCCGUCCUCGUUGAUAUGGAAGGUGUAUGUGGCACCCGGCCGGCGUAUCGACGGCAGCCCCGGCAGACUGGCCCAGAACGUGAUAUUUGCCAAAUUCUUGUACAAAUGGGGGGAUGAUGAGUUCAUCCUAUACAUGGUUGACGGGCGUGACGGGACAAGCUCAUACCCUCCGGUGCGCAACAAUUAUAUCCUGACCACGGACACGCACAAGGCGGAUGCUCUUGUGAUCGCCGCGGGACAGUGGGGCAACGAGCUGCACGAAGAGGUGUGGGUGUGGGACAGCGGCAUGUGGACCAAGAGCGCCGAGCUGUACCAGAGCAUCCGCAAGUCCACCUGGGAUGCCGUAAUCCUCGAGGAGAGCAUGAAGAAGGCCAUCAUUGCGGACCACCAGUCCUUCUUUGACUCCCGAGACACGUAUGGACGCCUCAAGGUGCCCUGGAAGCGCGGGCUCAUCUACUACGGCCCGCCGGGCAACGGCAAGACCAUCUCCAUCAAGGCUACGAUGCACAUGCUAUACGACCGGAAGGACCCGGUGCCGGCGCUCUACGUCCGGAGCUUCUCCUCGUUCGCCGGCCCAGAGUACGGCAUCAGCCAAAUCUUCCUCAAGGCGCGGCAGUACGCGCCCUGCUACCUGAUCUUCGAGGACCUGGACUCGCUCGUGACCGACUCGGUGCGGAGCUACUUCCUCAACGAGAUGGACGGCCUGCGCAGCAACGACGGCAUCUUCAUCGUCGGCAGCACCAACCACAUAGAGCGACUCGACCCAGGCAUCGCCAAACGCCCUUCCCGCUUCGACCGCAAGUACUACUUCCCCGACCCCGACCGCGCCCAGCGCGUGGCCUACUGCCGGUUCUGGCAGCGCAAGCUGGCGGGCAACCGGGACAUUGAGUUCCCGGACCGGCUGUGCGGGGCCAUCGCGGGCAUCACCGACGGCUUCAGCUUCGCGUAUAUCCAGGAGGCCUUUGUGGCCGCGCUGAUCGUCGUCGCCCGCGGCGGUAGUGAUGGCGGUGAUGGGGGCGAUGGUUCGGAGGGGUGGUCGGCCGCCGGGUGGGAGUCGGUGGAGGGUGAUGAGAUUGCGGAUGGCUGGGUGGGGAUUGCUGAUGAGGACUUGGAUGAUGGGGACUUGGAUGACUUGGUUUUGUGGGUUGAGAUCAAGAAGCAGGUCGCGAUCCUACGGGAAGGGAUGGAGGAGAAGCGGUCUUAG